UAACACAAUUAAUGAAAAUAAUGUUCUGUUGCAAAAAGAUUAGAGAAUGUCAAUCAAAAGACUAGUUUGUUCAGUUUUCUCUAUUGGCUGCACCUGCUAGUUAAUUGGUUGUCUUGUGGAAGUAGGGCCAGGGUAAAUUUUGCUAGGCUGCAAUGUGUAGUGCAAGUGUUGCCUUACAGGAAGUAAAAUAAACAGAACAGUGUUGAGAAAUCUCCAACAGGCAUGGGGCUGAGUUAUAUGCUUCUGCUCUUCUCUGGCUUGUGCCUGUGCUCAAUUGUCAGUUGCCACAGGUUUGUGCCUGGCGCGCCAUAUAAUAUCAGCACGAAUGACAAGGGGGUCCUAAAGGCAGUGCUUCAUGGGACCUAUUCAUUUAACAAUCAGACCAAUGAUGCUUUCCUCUUCAAGCCAUUUGCAAUUGAGAAAGCAGAAAGACAGAUUGUAAGGGGACUCAAAUACAUUAUGGAAGUAGACCUCUCACGGACUGUGUGCCGCAAAAACAGACACAGCGACACAGACCUGGCCAACUGCAAGUUCCAACCAGAUGGUUUGUUACAGCAGACCUUCCACUGUGACUUUGAGGUUUGGACUAUGCCUUGGCUCCACUUCAUGAAGACUACCUAUUUUUCUUGCAGUCCAUCUGACCGACCUUCAACUUCUCCAUGAAACCCAAUCCUUCAUGAUUUCAAUGUUCUGAGGAAGUUCCUUAGCCACUUCCCUCUAAACAUGAUCAUAACUGAGCAUUUUCAUUUUUCUAAAUAAAAUUUAGCCUUAACGUAUGGUAUAACAAUGGCAAUUACCAUGUGUCUUGAGUACCAAUAUGUAUUUUAGGGUAACUUACACAGCUACAACAACCUAAAGCCACCUAACCUUGUAAUCCUCAAAUAAAAUGGUAGACUGCUUUGUCCCUUGCAAA